AUGGGAGAUGAGCAAGAUCAAACUGAGGCUGGGGGAGAAAUGCCUUGGGCUGCAUUCAAUGAAUACUUUUUCUUUGUAAGAGAACGAGAAAAGCAAAAUGCAGAUUGCCGGUGCAAGCUGUGCCCCGCAAAUGCCAAGCUUGUAGCGUUCAACACUUCAACCUUCGCCAAUCUCAAGUUACACCUUGCUAGAGUCCAUGGCUGGUCGGAAGACCGACUGAAGUCUCUAAAUGUAAGCAAAGGACACGGAGGAACCAAGCGUAAGGCUACUGAUCAGAGCGGCCCAAAUGCCACGGAUUUCUUCAAGAAAAGGAAAAUUACUCAAGCCGAUGUUGACCGUGUGACUGACCGGCUUGUGAUUCGCGAGGCGCUCCCGCACCGCAUCGUCGAUUCCCCGUUCUUUAAAGAAGCGGUCCUUCUCGGCUGUCCAUCCACAGUUCGAGUUGGAUGCCGCCAGACAUUUAAGGGCAGACUGUCGAAGCACGUCGAUAAGAUGGAAACAAAUCUAAAGAAGCAAUUUGACUCCGUGCAGUAUAUCUCCACGACCGCCGACGGAUGGUCAAAGCACCGGCGGGGCUUUCUGGGCAUGACCGUCUCGUGGCUCGACCCCGACACUCUUGAAAGGAAAGUAGCCGCACUGGCCCUGGAGCGUCUGAAGGGGCAUCAUACACACGAUAAGUUGGCGGUGGCAAUCUCCAAGGCCCAUAAUCAAUUUAACAUCUCUGGAAAAGUGACCAAGACAACCACUGAUAGUGCCUCCAAUUUUAAAAAGGCGUUUCGAGUGUAUGGAGCAAAACAACGCGACAAUCCAGACACAGGCUCUAUCUUUGACGACUUGGACGGCGGUUCAGAGGACGAGGACGAGGAUGAGGACGGGGUUGAAGGAGAGGAUGAGGAAGACGAUUACGUUCCGGUUUCCGUGGAUGAAGCUUUAGAUUUUGCCGACACCGACGACGAUGGCACCGUGCUACCGGCGCAUCAGAGAUGUGCGUCUCACAUACUUAACCUCGUAGCCACACAGGACGUCAAAGCAGCCCUUGACGCCAACGUAGCAUACAAGAAAAUCCACGAGUCUACCUACGACAAGCUCAAAGUAUGGUGGCGACGGCAAAAUAGGUCUGACCUUGUUGCCGAUGCAAUCAAGGAUGGCCUAGGUGUCAAGCUCCAGGUGCCCGGGGAUACGAGGUGGAACUCAGUGUUUGACGCAAAGUCGCAGAUUAUUUCCCUUAUUGAUGCCGAUGAAGACAAAUUUAAUACUACUCUGGACAAAGCGGGUUUAGACCGACUCACUCAAAGUGAGAUAAAAUUUUUGAGAGAAUAUGUAUGGGUGAUGCACCCCGUGGCGGCGGCAUUAGACAUCUUGCAACGUGACAAAGAUAUGUACGUAGGCUACAUAAUUCCUACUAUCCUGCGUUUGGAGGCCCAACUGACCAUGCGACGCAAGAUGAACGGAAAAGACCUGCGUUACUGCGACGUCCUGGCGCGGACGCUGAUUACUGCCAUCCGCGGGCCAAGAAGGUUCCAACAGUAUUUGGAGCAGGAGGACCUCCAGCUCGCAGCAGCCCUCCUCCCUCAAUUUAAACUCAACUGGCAGAAGGACCCCGUGAUGCGCCAGAACCUCAAGAAGGUCCUCAUCGAGAAGGCUUCCUCACUCUCUGUGGAGGACGACGAUAACGCUGGUUCUCAGGCACAGGACACUGUUGCUGACGCUGGUGAAGGUGAAGCGGACCCCACACAAGAGGACGACGCGGACGCGGAGGCGGUCGACACACCGGCCGCAAUGGAUGUGGGCUCGGACGACUCCUUCUUUGAGUUUGAUUCUGUUGAGCCCGCAGCUGAAGGGACAGCCGAAACGGCGGAGCAAGAGGUGGAGAGAUACUUCUCCACAGGCCCUAGACGAGACGCCGUAAAAUCAUGCUUCGCUAAAGGGGCUAAUGAUAAGACUUUUCGAGACGAGGUUAUGCUCAAGGCUAAUUUUGAUUACUGGAUGUAG